AUGCUUAGACCAUCUGAAAUACAUCUGUAUAAAUUAUAUGUUGAAAGAGAAUAAGCUUUCCAUUUUCUCACUAAAGUAGGACAAAUGAACAAUGUUAAUUUAGUUAAUUGUUCAAACCAUGCAUUUCAUGAACAUGACUAUUACAAACAAUUAAAGCGAUGCGAUGAUAUUUAUAACAAAAUCAGUGAGAUCAAAAACCUUUUAAUCUUAUAUAACAAACCGAUACAUUAUUGUCCAAAUAUUAAAUCUUUCAUUUAAUACCUCCAAAUUACUGAGGAUUAGGUAAUAAAAAUGGAAUAAGAACUAACACAUAAAGUCCAAUUUAUUAUGAAUCAAUAGACAAAUCUGCAGUAGAUUGUUGAAUAAAGAAACAGAUUAGAAGAAGAGAUGUAAACAUCAUAUUAAAUUUAAGUGCAGUAAUAAAGUAUUCUAAGGACUUCAUAUACAAAUUUUCAGGGGUCUAAUUAGGAUAUAUAGUAGGAUGUAUGAAUGCUGCGGAUUUACAUAAAUUUAAUCGAAUUGUGUUUAGAAUCUCAAAAGAAAAUGGAAUUGUGAAAUUUAAGGAUUUCAACAACGAACGGACUAUUUUUACGUUGGUUUUUACUAAAGGUAAACAUGAAAAUUUAAAAACUAAAUUACUUAAAAUAUGUGAAGUACUUUAAUAAAUUUAUAAAUUUAGGCUUUUAAUGUAUCUAUAUAUUAAUUACCUGAAGAGAUUUAGGUUGAAAAUAAAAUAAUUGAAUUAGAAAAUGAAUUAACUAAUUUGAGUAUAGUCAUCACAACAACAAAAUUAGAAAUUGAAGAAUAAUUAGAUUUUUUUUCUGAUAUUUCAGUGGAGAGACCUUUAGAGUUGGAUGAAAUCUAUUUUAUCGGUUAUUGUUCAUACAUUUGUGAGUUGAAAAUCAUAGUAGAUUUGGUAAGUGCUACUUAUUAUCAUCUUACUUUUUUUGAAGCAAAAUCUCAAUUUUUAAUAGGUCAAAUGUGGUGUGAACUAAAUUAAAUUGAAUAAAUCAAAUAAAUCGGGGUUCAGAUUGAAAUAAUGCAAGACAUCAACGAAAAUUUAUAUGAACCACCAAGUCUUUUGAAAACAAAUUAAUUUACUCAUAUCUUUCAAGAAUUAGUGAAUACUUAUGGGAUUCCUAGAUACCAUGAAAUAAAUCCUGGUCUUUUCACUAUAAUUACGUUUCCAUUUUUAUUUGGUAUGAUGUUUGGUGACAUAGGACAUGGAGUAAAAUAUUUUCUAUAUAAAGAUAGUUUUGACAUUCUUUGGUUUCUACUUAUUAAUGUUUGGUAAGAGUGUAAUCAAAAGUAUAAAAUUGGAAAAUAGCAGUGAAUAUCUAUCAUAUGCAGACUUUUAGAGUUUAUAUGAAUGCAGGUAUCUCAUCACUUUAAUGGGACUAUUUGCUACAUAUUGUGGUUUUAUUUAUAACGAUUUCUUUUCGAUAUCUUUGGAAUAUAAACUUGAAAAGUUUUAGUUGGGUUUUGAUGGUAAAUGGAGUAUGUCUGAAUCUCACCUUACAGUGAUGAAUUCAUUUAAAAUGAAGACUGCAAUAAUCGUUGGAGUCAUUCAGAUGGUCUUUGGGAUUCUUCUCAAAGGUUGGAACUGUUUAUAUUAAAGAAAAUUUAUUGACUUCAUCUUUAAUUUUAUACCUGAAUUGGCUUUCAUGUUGUCUACAUUUGGAUAUAUGUCAUUUUUAAUAAUACUUAAAUGGCUGACUAACUAUAGUAAUAAUUUGGAACCACCUUCAAUUAUUACUACUCUGCUUAAUAUGGUCUUUACAUUAGGAGGAAUAAAAGGAGCUGAAAUGUAUCCUCAUUAAGUUUACUUUUAAACUAUAUUAAUUCGUAUAGCCAUAUGUUCUCCAAUAAUUAUGUUACUUAAACCAGAAGUAAUUAGAAUAAAGAGGUAGCUUUUUAAACGAGGAAAUUAAUAAAUGGUUUAUGACGAUUUAGUGGAAGCAGAACAUGCACAUAUAGAAGUCAUAAAAGAGGAGAAAAAUCAAAUUUUUGGCAAUUUAGUAGAAAGUAGAGCAAUUAAGGAAGAGAAGCAUUUCGAUUUUGCAGAGAUUUAUAUUGAAAGUUUAAUUGAAUGCACAGAAUUUGUAUUGGGAGCUGUGUCAAAUACAGCUUCAUAUUUGAGAUUGUGGGCACUUAGUUUGGCACAUUCUCAAUUAUCCGAAGUAUGCAAUUGUGAUUUACCUAUUAGGUCUUCUUCAAAAUGUCCUUAGAACCAUAAUUAUAAAGUGGAUCUGUUAUUGGAAUAUGUUUAACUUUUAUGGUCUAUGCUUUCGCAACUGUUGGAGUACUUAUGUGUAUGGAUACUCUAGAAUGUUUCUUACAUUCUCUAAGAUUACACUGGGUUGAAUUUUAGAGUAAAUUUUAUAAAGGAGAUGGUCAUAAUUUCUAACAAUUUAAUUAUCUUCAUUUUUUGGAUUAGAAAAUGUAAUUUAGUACAAGAAUGUGA